AUGGAUCCCAUUAACGCCGUCGCCGCCCGGUGGAAAAGAAAAUCAAAUGUUUUCCACAUACCACAUGCAAAUGGAUGCCUUUUGCGAGAGUGCGGCGAAGAAGAAGAUGGGCACGGAAUUGAGAUUUUCUGUCAUAUAAAUCAGCGCGAGACGGCCCGAGUGUCGAUGAACAUGUCCGACUGUCAACAGCCGCUGAAAUCUUCCGUACCGGUCAAUAGAGAAAACGUUGGACCCUGUGACAACUUUCAAUCUUCUACAUCAAGUUGCCAGUUUUUGGUGUCACACAAACGGGACAAACAAAUCGCUCAGGUGCUGAUUAAAAAGUUGACUUGUCAUUUGCAUCGCCAACUUUGCGGAACAUGGGAGACGAAGGGAUGCUCAAGAAAUCGAGAGUUGACGAUUGCCCGCAACUUUAACAAUCCGACGGAUGUCGGAUAAGGCUGCUGUUUCUGAUGCAGGAGUCGGGAUGCGGCAACCCCUCUUGUUCUGACACAGUCCCGAAGGACAGUCGCCCGAAAGCGAAGGGGAUCAGAAAGAAACGGUGAUAAAAGAAGAAGAAGAAGAAGAAGAAGACUGAAAUCAUUUCCAACGAGUCGCUCUUAAAAAAAAAAAAAAAACC